AUGCAUUCCCCAUCGUCUCAACUGCUCCGUGCCUUGCGCACUUCACUCACCAGCUCACCGCGCUCCUUCAAUAUCCGCGCCAACGCCUCUCGGUUGCCUCGCGCCUUCGAUGUCUCACCUUGUGCUCCGCUCCCAUCGACGCGCCGCCACAAUGGCAGCUCGAUCCGCCCGUCUCGAAUGAUCCCGCGCUCUCAUUCACACAAGCCCGUCAGUCAUGACCGAGGCCCGGAGUCCGACGAAUCCACCCAGACGGACUUUGCCGCGCUGGAUGUGCUGGGCAACAUGCCCGCCCCCUCGACUGCGGUUGACGCCACCCUCGACUCCGGAUUUCAUCUCAACAGCGGCGUCAAAAUUAGCGGUGGCGACGCCGUGAUUCUCGUGGGCGGAGAGGCAUUUGCGUGGCGGCCGUGGAAGACGGUUCAGGGCGCAGCGAACGACCGCGAGGCCAAAGCGGCUAUGAUUAAUGCUAAGGGCCAGUUCGAGGUCGACGAACAGGUUUGGGGACUGUUGAGCGCAGUCUAUCCGCGACCAGAUAUGCUUAUUCUCGGCCUGGGUGCCUCGAUGUAUCCACUUUCGCCUGAGACGAAACGUCAUAUCAACUCACUGGGUAUUCGCGUUGAAGUCCAGGAUACCCGGAAUGCGGCGGCGCAGUUUAACAUGCUGGCUACGGAGCGCGGGAUCAAUGACAUUGCGGCAGCGCUGAUCCCUAUCGGAUGGAAAGGGCGAUCGUAAAGUGUAUCGGC